AUUUUUUCAAGCAUAAAAAAAGCUCGAGUUAGAUUUGAAAGCUUAGUCAAAAUUUAACCUAAUCUUAUUUUUUUAGGCAUGAGAUUAGUUUGAGUUUGAUUCAAGUAGUAUAUCAUAAAAUAGGCAUGAGAUGAGUCGAGUUUCAUUGAAGUAUUAUAUCAUAAUUCAUCCUCCAUUCCUCUUCAUUCAUCAAUCCCACCUUCUUCACCCUCCCCAUGGCUGAUGCCCUCGUUUCUAUUGUGCUGGAACGCUUAACUUCGGUUGUUGAACAGCAGAUUCAUGAACAAGUUUCUCUGGUUCCGGGUGUUGAAUCAGAAAUUCAAAGUCUCAAAAGCACACUCCGCUCCGUCCGAGAUGUUCUUGAAGAUGCCGAGAGGAGAAAAGUGAAGGAAAAAUCUGUCCAAGGUUGGUUGGAGAGGCUCAAAGACAUGGCCUACGAAAUGAUGGACGUGCUGGAUGAGUGGAGCAUUGCUAUUUUUCAAUUCCAGAUGGAGGGAGUUGAAAAUGCUUCCACGUCUAAGACGAAGGUAAGCUUCUGUAUGCCCUCCCCUUUCAUCCGUUUCAAGCAAGUUGCAAGUGAACGGACCGAUUUUAAUUUUGUCUCUAGUAGGAGUGAGGAGCGACCACAGCGACUUAUAACUACCUCUGCAAUUGAUAUUUCAGAGGUGUACGGUCGGGAUAUGGAUGAAAAAAUCAUAUUAGAUCAUUUGUUGGGUAAGAUGCGUCAAGAGAAAUCUGGCCUCUACAUCGUCUCCAUAUUUGGGACGGGAGGCAUGGGCAAAACAACUCUUGCUCGACUAGCCUACAACCACCGAAAGGUGAAGACCCAUUUUGAUGAAAGAAUAUGGGUCUGUGUCUCUGAUCCUUUUGAGCCAGCCAGAAUUUUUAGGGAUAUUGUUGAAAUCAUCCAGAAAGCGUCUCCUAAUCUCCAUAAUUUGGAAGCUUUACAACAAAAAGUUCAAACGUGUGUCUCUGGAAAGAAGUUCCUUCUUGUGCUAGAUGAUGUGUGGACUGAAGACAAUCAAUUGUGGGAACAACUGAAGAACACCCUCCACUGCGGAGCAGCAGGGAGUAGAAUUCUGGCGACCACACGCAAAGAGAGUGUUGUUAAGAUGAUGAGAACUACGUACAAGCAUCCCUUGGGGGAGCUGUCUUUGGAGCAAUCUCGGGCAUUAUUCCAUCAAAUAGCUUUCUCUGAAAGGGAGAAAAAGGAAGAAUUAAAAGAAAUUGCUGAGAAAAUAGCAGACAAAUGCAAGGGCUUGCCCCUCGCUAUAAAAACUUUAGGGAACCUCUUGCGCAUAAAAAAUAGCGAGGAAGAAUGGAAGUACGUAUUGAAUAGUGAAGUAUGGCAGCUAGAUGAGUUUGAGAGAGAUAUUUCCCCUGCUUUGUUGUUGAGUUAUUAUGAUCUGCCCCCUGCAAUUCAACGCUGCUUCUCAUUUUGUGCUGUUUUUCCAAAAGCCUCGGUUAUUGAGAGAGAUGAGCUGAUCAAGUUGUGGAUGGCACAAAGCUAUCUCAAAUCUGAUGGGAGUAAAGAGAUGGAGAUGAUUGGGAGAACGUACUUUGAAUAUUUAGCUGCUCGGUCUUUCUUCCAAGAUUUUGAAAAAGAUACUGAUGGUAAUAUAAUACGUUGUAAGAUGCAUGAUAUAGUGCAUGAUUUUGCUCAAUUUUUGACUCAGAAUGAAUGCUUUAUUGUGGAGGUUGACAACCAACAAAUGGAGAGCAUAGAUUUAUCCUUCAAAAAGAUUCGUCAUAUCACCUUAGUUGUCUGAGAGAGUACCCCUAAUUUCGUCUCCACUUAUAACAUGAAGAAUCUACACAUCCUCUUGGCUAAGGAAGCAUUCAAGUCAAGUGUUCUUGUAGCCUUACCUAAUUUGUUAAGGCAUGUGACAUGUCUCAGGGCAUUGGAUUUGAGCAGCAAUCAGUUGAUUGAGGAACUACCUAAGGAGGUAGGAAAAUUGAUACAUUUAAGAUUCCUUAAUCUAUCAGGGUGUUUUUGGUUGAGAGAGUUGCCUGAAACAAUUUGUGAUUUAUAUAAUUUGCAAACCUUAAAUAUUCAAGGAUGUUCCAGUCUUCCGAAACUACCAUAGGCAAUGGGUAAACUAAUUAAUUUGAGGCAUCUUGAAAAUUCUUUUCUUAAUAAUAAGGGCUUGCCAAAAGGAAUUGGAAGAUUAAGCUCUCUUCAGACGCUGAAUGUUUUCAUUGUGAGUAGUCAUGGCAAUGAUGAAGGCCAAAUAGGAGACCUGAGAAACUUGAACAACCUAAGAGGAGAUCUUUCCAUUCAAGGGUUGGAUGAAGUGAAAGAUGCAGGGGAGGCAGAAAAAGCAAAAUUGCAGAAUAAGGUACACCUCCAAGAUUUGACAUUGGGAUUUGAUAGAGAGGAGGGGACCAAGGGUGUGGCUGAAGCUCUACAACCCCAUCCAAACUUGAAAGCUCUACAUAUAUAUUAUUAUGGUGAUAGAGAGUGGCCCAAUUGGAUGAUGGGUUCAUCAUUAGCUCAACUGAAAAUACUUAACCUCAAGUUUUGAGAAAGAUGUCCAUGUUUGCCUCCUUUGGGGCAACUGCCUGUCCUCGAGGAGCUGGGGAUAUGGAAAAUGUACGGUGUGAAAUACAUAGGUAGUGAGUUUUUGGGAUCAUCAUCAACAGUAUUCCCAAAGUUGAAGGAAUUGGCUAUUUCUGGUUUGGAUGAAUUGAAGCAAUGGGAAAUAAAAGAAAAAGAAGAGAGGUCAAUAAUGCCAUGUCUCAAUCACUUGAUUAUGAGAGGCUGCCCAAAGCUGGAGGGACUGCCGGACCACGUGCUCCAAAGGACAACAUUGCAGAUAUUGAACAUCAGAUCUUCUCCUAUUCUGGAACGACGCUAUAGAAAGGAUAUCGGAGAGGAUCGGCACAAAAUAUCUCAUAUCCCACAAGUCAAAUGUAGAUGCGACUGAAUGGUCAUCUCACUUCACCUCAUGUCGCUCUUGUUAUAGGCUUCUCCAUUGAAGAGUAAGAGACGUUGAGGAAGACAAUGGUUGGCGACGAACGACGGCGGCUUGGGCGAUGCCGAAUUAUCCAUGGCAGUGAAGGGCAGCAUCUCCAAUGAUUAGUGGCGAGAACAGCUUCCGGGAUGGCGGUGAUGAGGCAGUAACCAGCCAUAGCGGUGGGUUUGGUUGUGGCGGGAGAUUUCUUCACCCAAAGAGGUCUUUUUUUAGGGCAUGACAAUCAUAUAUGCACAAAGUCUGCAGUUGCGUAAUCCGGAGCAAGCAGUCCGGCAGGGCCUCUAGCUUGGGGCAUUUAUCCACUGUCAAUGAACGGAGACAUGGCAUUAUUGCAACAUGGUAUUCUUCUUUUACUUUCCACUUUUUCCGCCUCCAUAAAAGCAAACGUCAGUUUCUUCAACUUUGGGAAUGCAAUUGUUGUGUUAUUGUUGUUGUUCUCAAAAAUUCAUGACCCACAUACUUCAAGGAAACCAUUUCCCAAAUGUCAAGCCCCUCCAACUGAGGUAGUUUUCCCAAGGAAGGCAAAUGGGUGCACUUUAUAGUUUAUACUACCUUCCAGCUUAAGUGUUGUCAAUUGGGUUAGCGAUGUGGUCAACCAAUUGGGGAAUUUGAUGUCAUUGUAAUGGUAUAUGCCUAAAGAUUUCAGGUCUUGAGGGGGUUGUAGGGCUUUAGCCAGGAUCUUCAUCCCCUCUGUUGCUUCUUCCUUAUCUGUAUAGAAAUUCAAAUAUGGAGGUGCUUCUUUUUCUUUAAGUCUGCUUUCUCUGCCACCCUUGCAUCCUUGGCAUUACCCAAUCCACUUAUUGCAAGAUGCCCACAAAGAUUGUCCAAGUUUUGCAGGUCUCCCACUUUGAGUGAAUUAUCAUCACCGUCAUCACCCACAACAGCAAUCUCUGCCAAUGUUCGAAGUGAACUUAAUCUGCCAAUUCCUUUGGGCAACAUCCUUUUAAGAGUGCUGUCUGUUUCAAGAUGUCUCAAGUUUAUCAGUUUUCCCAUCCCCUGAGGUAGAUUCUCAAGACGCCAACAUCGACUAAGUGUCAAGGUUUGCAAAUUACAUAAUUUGCACAUAGCUUCUGGCAAUUCUUUCAAGCAAGCAUUAUUCGACAAGUUAAGAUACCUGAGAUGUAUCAGCUGUGCUAUCUCCCUGGGAAGUUCUUCAAUUGAGUUGUUGGCCAAUUCUAAUGUUCUAAGAGAUUGCAAACAUUGGAAUAUAUUAGGUAGCCCUUUAUGAAUGUGUAAGUUGCCUCGAGACAUAACUAAGAUAGUCUGUAGAUUCUCUAUAUUGAAAAUAGAGACAGGAAAGGGGCUGCUAUAUGAAAAUACCAUACUUGAAUGACAACCCAUUUUAUAGAAUGAUUCUAGCCUCAGAUCUUUUCCAUUAUCAACCUCCAUGAUAAAACAUUCAUUUUUUGUCAAAAAUUGGGCGAAAUCAUGCACUAUGUCAUGCAUCUUACACUAUUAUAUUUCCAUCAUUGUCUUUUACAAAAUCUUGGAAAAGAGAGCGCAUUUCUAAGCUUUCAAAGUACUCACGACCUAUGGUCUCCAUCUCUUUACUUCUAGGGCUGAGGUAACUCUGGGCCAUCCACAACUUGAUCAAAUUAUCCCGCUUUAUGACAUGAUCUUUUGGAAACAGUGCACAAUACGAGAAACAACAUUUCAUUGCAGAAGACAGAUCAUAGUAACUCAGUAAUAAAGCAGGGGAAAGAUCUCUUUCGAACAUUUCCAGUUGCCAUGCUUCACUAUUCAAAAACAUUUACCCAGUCUUCUUUCCUCUCUUUUAAACACAAGAGACUCCCCAAAGUUUUUGUGGCAAGAGGCAAGCCCUUGCACUUGUCUGCUAAUUUUUAGCCAAUUUCUUCUAAUUCUUCAGUACCUUUCUUAGUUUUGCCAAAAAAAAAAGCGAUCUUACUGAACAGUGACCAGCAUUGCUUCUUAGACAAUUCUUCAAGUGGGUGUGUGUAGGUAGUUCCUAUCAUUCUAACCACUCCCAUUUUACAGGUGGUCACCAAAAUUAUGCUCUCUGGUGCUCCACACUUGAGACAAUUCACCAGCUCCCAAAUCUGUUAGUUUUCAUUCCACACGUCAUCCAACACAAGGAGGAACUUCUUUCUUGCAAUAGAGUUUUGAAUUUCUUGUUGUAAAAUUUCAAGUUCAUGGAGAUGACUAGAAGUUUUUCUUUCAAGUGCUUCAAGUAUUGCCCUUGAAAUCCUCAUUGCGUCAAAAGGGUCUGACACACAUACCCAAAUCCUUUUGUCAAAAUGGGAACACACCUUAACAUCAUUGUAGGCUAGUUGAGCAAGCGUUGUCUUUCCAAUACCUCUCAAACCUACGAUUGAGAUGAUAUGGAGAUCCAAUGUUUUUUACUACUGCCACACAACAAUUUGCUUAUUAUGAUAUCCUUAUCCUCGCCUCGACCUUGUACCUCUGAUACAUCAAUAAAAGAGGUAGUUUUUGGUCUCUCAGGCUCUUCCAUGCCUGAAAUAAAAUUAAAAUUAUACCUAUCUUUCUCCUGGGCAAUCACAUCUAGUCUUCCAUUGAUUUCUCCUAUCUUAAGAGCAAUGUCAUGACAUAGGUGGAUACCAUGAAUAGGAAAACAAGGGAAAGGGAUACAGCUGCACACUUUCUUCUUGUGAGUGAGAGUAUUGUCAACUCCCUGAAUUUGGAAUUUGAGAAUUGAUGAGCUCCAUUCAUCCAGCACGUUGUCCAUGUCAUAUGCCAAUCCUUUGAGAUCUUCUAGCCAAAUUUUUACAGCUUCAUCCUUAACUUGUCUCUUCUCUGCAUCCACAAGAACUGCUCGGAUGUUCCUGAGUGUGUUGGUGAGCUUUUGGAUGUCAUUUUCAGCACCCACAACCAGUCUCAACUCUGGUUGAAUCUGCUGUUGGAUUACUAAAGCCAACCGCUCCAAGACAAUGGAAACAAGGGCAUCAGCCAUGCUGUGUGAUGAAUUGGGCAGAAUUGAAAAAUGAAUGAUGGACAUAAAAGUUUCAGCUUAUGUCCUCAUUUGUAGCUACAAUCAUGUAGUUGAGUUCAUAGAAAAAUGGCCCAACCACCAAGUUGACUUCAAGAGGAUGAGUCUUUUUUCCUUUUUCUCAAAGUGUUUAUAAUAUGAGCAUUAGUUUAUUUCAUUUAUUUCUCAAUUUCAAUUUCAAUUUUUCUAAAUUUUAUUCUUAGAAGAUUCGUACGGUUAUUGUGUUUGCUGAUAAUUGCUUUGUUUUAUUUUUCAAUUUUGGUUUCAUUGUUGUCUUUCUUCUUGGUGUGUGGCAAUGACAAUCUUGAAGAUAAUGGUUCCCUGGGUCAUGUUUGUAGCUCCUUUCUUUUGCUUCUAUCUUUUUUUCUAUUUUCUUUUUCUCAACUCAGGAACUAAGCAUGAUUUAAAUAUUCACCUUCAGCUUUGUUUUUACCCUCAUUCUUGGGGAGGUUGGAGUCCUCAUUGUUUGUUUUAGUUCAGGUCUGUUAUGCAUCAUCGGAUUCCAUUAGAUGGUUGACAAUCAAUUAUUUGUUAAUAUAAUAUUAAUAACAUCCAUUGACUAUAAUAGUUACGCUAAUACUAUUCAUAUUAAUAUUAAUAUUUGAUUGGCAGGAAAAUGGAUGACAACAACCCAACAACCAGGAUUUGCUUUCUUUGCCAACUCAGACCAGAUCAUCCUUAGCUGGUGAGUACAUAAAUAAAUACAUAAGCAAAAUAAUAAGUGGGUAACAUCUACUCCCCUUAAUACCCUUUGUUGUUUUUUUUUCUUUUAAUUAAUAUAAGCACACUUAAUGUAAACAUCUAUUCCCUAUUUGUUUAGUUGUAUACCAAUUUAUUACUUGUAACAAAAUCACUUUUUCAAAUGCUAAUUCAUUAGUCCACUUUCCUUAUUUAAA